AUGGUCCUGUUUGGUCAGAAUAUGUAGCUAAAGACCUUAAGCUAGAAUUAGUCAAUUAUGCAUACGGAGUGUUUCUAUUUUUAUUGCAUACAUUAAUGAUCGGUCGAUUAAAGGUUAUUCAGGAAAAAUGUGAUCCCCUUGUUCCUGGGUUGCUACAACAAGUUUCACAAUUCCUACAAGAUUUCCUUUCCACUCGUGGCAAGCCAUUAGAUCAUUUCUUUAGAAUUUUUAAUAACAAAAAAUUUAACACUACAUCUAAUCAAUAUUCUCAUUAG